AUGUCGUCCCAGUGGGCCAAUUCAAAGGCGGGAGACGAGGCGGUUGUUCGCAGGCGUCUGCUUCGCUUCUAUGAGAACCACAACCCGCGGAAGCUGAACUCCAUUGAGACCAUACUAUUUGCGUACCGAGGACACUGGGACGAGCUUUUUCUUGACUUGGCGGAGAAGUACAAGCUUUCUUCUCAGCAGCCUGACACGGCGACGCAUGGCUGCUCUUCUUCCUCCCACCGCAGCCCUCCCGCUGGCCAUGAUGCUUCCUUGGACGACUUCUCUUGCUCGACAUCAGGAGGCUUCGCGGGUUCCUCCGCGUUUGGGCUGCUUGACCCCAUGGAGGUCGUGCAACGACGACGCAACGACACGAAAAGGAGUGACAUUCGGCAGGGUUCGAUAACCGCGUUGCAUGACGACAAGAAGAAAAAGAUUCGAAGGGCCGGGGACUCAACGUCCUCGAGUUUCUCGUUGCCGGGUGUUGCGCAGGAGAGCAUCGUUCGACGACUGAGGCUACAACAGUUGUUUAUGCGCCUUGCGCCGAAGGAGGUCUUGCGCAUGGAGGAGUUUAUGGCACAGUACCGGGAAGCCUACAUGAUGGAUGCGCAUUGUGGCGCUGGCGGAAGUGACAGUGCUGCCGAGGAUGAGUGGGAAGAGGCGAUGAUGCGGGACCUUCUUCACGAAGUGAACCGAGAGAAAAGCAAAGGCGAUGGCCACUGCGCUAAUUCUUCUUUAGAGGAAUUACAUUUAGAACUGUCGCCGCCAUCUUUUGCUUCGCGUGUGCUAUUCCCAUUUACUUCUGCCGAUUCGUUGGAGCUGAAAUCUCCUUUGGGGACGCGGCAGCUGCAUGGAUUUCACGCGACAGAAACGAGCACGCCAGAACCUGGGACGAGGGAGCGGCGAAGCACAACGAAGGGGCCUGCACCUUCCCCCUCGCAGUCUUCCGUGACGCCUAAUGUGGAUGAGUUAAUGCACUCUCGUCUGGAGACAUCUGUGGAUGAGUGGUGUGAACCGCCGGGAGGGAAUGCAACGUCGAAUACCGCUGAGAGUUUACUGACAUUGAAAGCAAAGCAACUUACUCCGGCCAACUCCGCCUCGACGAUAAGUGUCGGUCACGUGGCGGCAGGGGAGGAAAACGCAGGCUUGUGUAAGAAUGUGGGGGAGUCCCCGUUGUUGUUCAGCAUGUUGAGUCGUAAUACGCAUGGGGAACGGGUGUGUAUGUUGUUUUCUCAGACGCGCGAGGAGCGGCAGGCGGAGAGACUUCUUGCCCACUCGGUGAUGCGGCGCCUGCUUGCUUGCCCGCAUUUUCAUUAUCGUUUGUUUCUGCUAAUUUGCAUUGCACUGGAACGCGCCCAGGGCGGGAUUGUACCUCCUCAGCGUGAAACUUUUAUGACGGCGUCGAAGGGGGAGGAGCAGAUGCCGUGCUGGGAGCCUUCCCUCAGGCACCGUUUGCUGUGGCGUGGCUCUUCGCCACGCGACGAGUAUGCAUUUUUACUGCCGAGGGACAGCUUCGCCAAGACACUGCCGGAUGACCUGCUGGAUACGCUGCACACAUCACGUUCACUUGUCCAUGCCGUUGGCCUGGGCUUGCUCUGGCGGGAUGAGGUGACAUUUGCGGAUGUUGUGGCAGUUCGUAUGCGGUACUUUACGCGUCGCUACUCCACUAUCCGCUGGUUGGUGCAGCGAACAUUUGCUACUUUGCGCGGCGGUCAAGAAGGCGUCCAGCACCCUCGUCGCAAGGGGUCUCCAUGGCAAAGCGGGGACACCUUGGAUUCGCUUUUCUUUAUCGACGUCGUCAAGGAACUCCGCCGUUUCGUUCGCGAGCUCAGUGAGGGCUGUUGGGCGGAAUUGAUUGCGAGUUGGAAGAUGGAACACCACUUAAAGGGGCUCAUUUCGGCGUUGCAGGAUGAGUGUGAUUCCCGCCCCGGGCCGAGUGACACCUCUGCGGUCCGCUGCGGCGGUUUGGAGGAAAGCGAAGGCGAGGUGGUGACUGCAGGGCGUGAUGGAAGGUGUCGGGAGAAGAGGCUACCGCGAGGUGUUGUAAUGCUGCUUUCAUGUACGGCAUUCCUGUGCCUUCACGUCGAGCAGCCACUUGCUGGUAUUUCACGUUUAGACGUCGCGGCGACCUACCACUGCCUCUGCGUCGCUGCCAUUGCCGAGGAGGAGAGUCACAGGCGUCGCACGACCCUGCAGGGGUGGGGAGAAGAGUAUGACAACCUGCACCGCAUGGAGAGGCAAAGUGUGGCUCGUGUUUCGAUGCAGCAACGGGAGCGUCGUCAGCGGGGCAUAGUAGAGUUAGACGAGUUUUCCACCUGGAUGAGGCUUCUCCAAUCUGUUUGCUCACGGAUCUCUCCGAGAAGCCCCAACUAUUUUGGGUCGCGCGGAGCUCUAUCGUCGCAUCCUCACUCGCCUAGCUUGCACGAGGACCCUGUUUCCACCAUCGCUGAAGCUGCUUUGUUGCCCUCACCGUUACCGAAGGUGGCGAUGGCGGCCGCAGCGGCUGAAGCGUCGGUUUCGCAGUCCUCUUUGCCGUGGCGCGGAGAGGCCAUGCAGCAGCGACUAAAUGCGUUUUUUAGGCGCAAAUCAGAGCACCAGCAGCGCCACAAGCAGGGCCGGCAGGCGGACCUAGCUGCAGCGUUGCUACAGCCCUAG